CUCAGCAGGGAAUCAAACCUGCAACUGGCCAUCACAGAGGAACCUGUGGAAACGAUGGUUACCACGGAGAUGGCCAGAACCAUGCUGUAUGUGUGUGUCUGCCUCUUUGCCUCUCGAAUCCCGGCCUCUCAUGUGCCAUCAAAGAUGAACAAAUCCAUCCAGAACCUGCUGCAGUACUAUAAGAUUCCAGUCAAAGAACGUUUUAACGGCCGACCCGUCUUCUCCAGAGAACUUCUUGCCACCAAACUUGAGGCCAAGGGGGUGCUGAUGGCAGUGGCGCUGCAGACAUACAAGGAGCUGAUCCAGCGCAUGUUGAAGGAACUUCCUGCCCAGACAGACUCUACAUCUGACAUACGUGCGGAGCUGAGCUACAUUCUGGAACGUGUGCAGAAGCUGAGGCGAUUCCGCUUCCAGGAGCAGGAAGCACUGCUGGAUGGCAUCGAGAGGUUCCGACACAUCCAGUUGGACAGUGCACUUAUCCAGAGCAAAGCACUGUGGGAGCUGCCAUGGCUCUACGAGGAGGCCAGCUCCCUGGCCGAUAAGCAACAUCGACGGCAGCAUAAACAAGCCAAGAGGCUCAAAAUCAUCAGCAUCAGAAGCAAAACUCAUUGAUUUAAUUUAUUUCAAACUGACCAUAACCUCCUAUUUAUUUCCUAUUUAAUGUCAUAAUUUAAAACAGGAUGUUGUUUCUGCCUUUAUUAUUUUUUUAUUAUAUUUAUUAACUGCUGCACAAUGUCAGUUUCCUAUGUCUUGUGAAAGCACCACGGGGAAGCACACUUGGGACUUCUUAGAAGCGGCUUCCUGUCAGAAACUGAUUCACUAGAAGCAGCCACAGGAUGUGACAUAAGACUCUUCAGUGGUCAGUGGUCAAAGCUAACUUUAUGUUGCGGACCAGAAACUCAAGCCUGGUAGAAUUUGUUAGAACUUCUAUUUUAGCCACAGUAUGUGUGUGUGUGUGUGUGUGUGUGUGGUGGGGGCGGCGAUGGUGAAGGAAACCAUGACAAGAUGUUCACCCCUACUCACCCCACCUUUAGUCACUUGCCGUGUACAUGCGUCUCAUUUUGCGUUCGCAGCCUGGGAGGAAAAUGGAAACUUAACACCAUAUUUAAAGUGCAUGUCUAAAAAUGGCAGCAAAGUGAACAGGCAGUCAUAGAUGUCUACUAAAAAUGAAUAAUCAGAGCCUUUAUUUAGCCAUUCUUAGGUGUAUGCAACAUAAUGGAGGAAAACACCCACACUGAUUUCUGUCUAAAAUUAGAAUUCAGGUGAAGAAAAUACUCAUGGGGAAAGCUGAGCAGAAGUAUUUCCAUGAUGAGGACACAAUGUUCCUGACCAGAAAACACUCUAAGUCAUUAUGAUGCACCUUAUUUGUCUUUCAUUUAGCAGGCAUGAGUAAAAGAUGCACGGAUGUAUUGUCACAAUGUCCAAGUACAGCCUUACAUAUGAUUAAGUACAGGUAAAUAAUUAGACAGAAAAAUAAAUACUUGGACACUAACAAAAACAAUGGCAAGAGUCAAAACAUUCCUUGUUGCUUUCAUAGAUUUUCUACAGGGUCAAGGUCUAGAGACUGACUGUGCCACUCCACUCCUUCAAAUGGUCCUUAAAAAGCCAGUGUACUUAGGAUCAUUGUCAUGCUGUAAGACCCAUCAUUGUUUCAGCUUUAAGCUCCUCCUCAGCCCCAUGCCGAAGAAGAUUAUCUGACCUUGUAAGUCUUCAUUUUUUUAUGAUUGCCAAUAGAGUUGAUUUUGCUCCAUAGCUUAUCCCAGCCAUGUGUAUGUCUUCAAUUCUUUUGAGAGCGCUCUGGUGAAGCUUGAGGCUGUGGAUAUAGGUAACAAGGUCAAACAGGGUCGCUAAACUGUCUUC